AUGGCCCCAUUGAAUCACAUGCCCGAACCCUUGUGCCUCAUCGAGAACGCUAAUGGGCCACUGCUGGUUAAUCCAGAAGCUCUGAAGAUCCUGUCUGCCAUCAGACAGCCCGUUGUGGUGGUGGCUAUCAUGGGCCCCUACCGCACAGGCAAGUCCUACCUGAUGAACAAGCUGGCUGGGAAGAAAAAGGGAUUCUCAGUUGGAUCUACAGUGCAGUGUAGCACGAAGGGCAUCUGGAUGUGGUGUGUGCCUCACCCCAAGAAACCAAACCACACCCUGGUUCUUCUUGACACUGAGGGACUCGGAGACAUAGAGAAGGGCGACAAGACAAAUGACACCCAUAUAUUUGUACUGGCACUACUAUUGAGUAGUACUUUUGUAUACAAUACCAUGAACAAAAUUGACCAUGGGGCUAUCAACCUCUUGCACUAUGUGACAGAACUGUCACAACUGCUCAGAAUAGAUACCUCACCUGCUCUUAACGGGGUAGAUGAUGCAGCUGACUUUGUGAGAGUCUGUCCAGACUUAGUGUGGACUUUGAGAGAUUUCUACCUUGACCUGGAAGCAAAUGGGCAACUCAUCACAGCAGAUGAAUACCUGGAGAAUUCACUGAGGCCAAAGCAAGGCACCAACCAACAAUUUCAGAAUUUUAAUCUGCCCUGUCUGUGUAUACAGAAAUUCUUUCCAGUAAAGAAAUGCUUUAUUUUUGACUUGCCCACUCACCAGAAGAAGCUUGCCCAGCUUGAGACACUGCAUAAUGAUGAUCUGGAUCCUAAGUUUGUACAACAAGUGGCAGAAUUCUGUUCCUACAUCUUUAGCUAUUCCAAGACUAAAACUCUUUCAGGAGGUAUCCAGGCCAGUGGAUCUCAUCUAUGGAACCUAGUGCAGACCUAUGUCAAUGCCAUCAACAGUGGGGAUCUGCCCUGCAUGGAAAGUGAAGUCCUGACCUUGGCCCAGAUUAAGAACUUGGCUGCAGUGCAAAAGGCCAUUGCCCAUUAUGACCAGCAGAUGGGCCAGAAGCUGCAACUGCCCACAGAAACCCUCCAGGAAUUGCUGGACCUGCACAGGGCCAGUGAGAAAGAGGCCAUUGAAGUCUUCAUGAAGAACUCUUUCAAGGAUGAGGACCAAGGGUACCGGAAAAAAUUAGAGGACAAGUUAGAAGCAAAGCGAGAUGAGUUUUGUAGACAGAACAUGAAAGCAUCCUCAGAUUACUGCAUGGCUUUAAUUCAUGAUAUUUUUCAUCCUCUAUAUGAAGAUGUGAAGCAGGGAACAUUUUCUAAACCAGGAGGUUAUUAUCUAUUUAUUAAGAAGAUGAAUGAGCUGAAGGAUAAGUACCACCAGGUCCCCAGAAAGGGGGUACAGACAGAAGAGACACUGAGGAAAUAUUUGGAUUCCAAAGAGGAUGUGGCUGAUGCACUUCUACAGACUGAUCAGUCGCUGACAGAAAAGGAAAAAGAGAUUGAAGUGGAACGUAUGAAGUCUGAAGCUGCAGAAGCUGCAAACAAAAUGUUAGAGGAAAUGCAAAAGAAGAAUGAACAGAUGAUGCAAGAAAAAGAAGCGAGUUAUCAGGAACAUAUGAAGCAACUGACUGAGAAGAUGGAAAAGGAGAGGGCCCAGUUAAUAGCAGACCAAGAGAGGGUUCUAGCCCUUAAACUUCAGGAACAGGGACGACUUCUCCAGGAGGGAUUCCAAAAGGAGAGCAUGAAACUUCAUGAAGAGAUUGUAGCCCUCCAGAAGAAACAGGAUGUACCACCACCUCUACUGAGUUGUUCCUCUGGGUUACAGGUUCCUGUGGCAUCUGGAUCUACCAAAAUGGAUCCCAUCUGUUUGGUGGAAAACCGGAAAAAUCAACUAUUAGUGAAUCCCGAAGCACUGAAGAUUCUGGACCAGAUAUCUCAGCCUCUGGUGGUGGUGGCCAUUGUAGGGCUAUAUCGGACAGGAAAGUCCUACCUGAUGAACCGCCUGGCAGGACAAAGCCACGGUUUUCAUCUGGGCUCCACAGUGAGGUCUGAAACCAAAGGCAUCUGGAUGUGGUGUAUGCCCCACCCCUCCAAGGAGAGCUGCACCCUGGUCCUUCUGGACACUGAGGGCCUGGGCAAUGUGGAGAAGGAGGACUCCAAGAAUGACCUGUGGAUAUUUGCCCUGGCUGUGCUCCUGAGCAGCACCUUUAUCUACAACGGCAUGAACAGCAUCAACAAUCAGGCCUUGCAGCAGCUGCACUAUGUGACUGAAUUAACAGAGCUGAUCAGAACCAAAUCAUCUCCCAGCUCUGACGAAGUAGAGGAUUCAGCCAAAUUUGUGAGUUUCUUUCCAGACUUUAUUUGGACUGUACGGGAUUUCACGCUGGAGCUGGAGUUAGACGGGAACUCCAUCACUGAAGAUGAGUACCUGGAGAAUGCCUUGAAGUUGACUCCAGAUGAAGAUCCCCAAAAUCAAAAUUUCAACUUGCCCAGAGAGUGUAUCAGGAAGUUUUUUCCCAAACGGAAGUGUUUCAUCUUUGACCGUCCUGCAGGCAAGAAAAAACAAUUACUCCAUCUGGAGGAAAUGCCAGAUAAUCAACUGGAUGAGGAUUUCCAGAAGCAAUCAAAAGAUUUCUGCUCAUAUAUCUACACCCAUGCAAAGAUGAAGACCUUAAAAGAAGGAAUCACUGUCACCGGGAACAGGCUGGGGCCUCUGGUGGAGGCCUAUGUAAAUGCCAUCAACAGUGGAUCAGUUCCUUGUUUGGAGAAUGCAGUAAUAACUUUGGCCCAGCGUGAGAACUCAGCAGCUGUGCAGAAGGCAGCUGACCACUACAGUGACCAGAUGGACCAGCGACUGAGUCUCCCCACAGAGACACUCCAGGAACUGCUAGAGGUGCACGCAGCCUGUGAGAAGGAAGCCAUUGCAGUCUUCAUGGAGCAUUCUUUCAAGGAUGAAAAUCAGGAUUUCCAGAAGAAGCUUGUGAUCAUGAUUGAGAAUAAGAAAGACGAUUUCUUGUUGCAAAAUGAAGAAGCAUCUGACAGAUAUUGUCAGGCUGAGCUUAAAAAGCUUUCAGAGCCCUUAAAGAUGAGUAUUUCAGAGGGAACUUUCUUUGUCCCUGGAGGACACCAUUGCUACUUAGAAGCAAGGAACAAGCUUGAAGAGAACUAUAAACUCAUUCCCAGGAAAGGAGUUAAGGCAAACCAGGUCCUCCAGAGCUUCCUGCAGUCACAGGCAGGAGAAGAGGCAGCCAUCCUGCAGGCAGACCAGGCCCUCACUGAUGCAGACAAGGCCAUGGCAGAGGAACAUACCAAGAGACAAGCAGCAGAGAUGAAACAGGAUCUGCUAACACAGAAACUGAGUGAUGAGAAGCAAAAAAUGGAGGCCCAAGGGAGAAGCCACAAGGAACAUGUAGCCCAACUGAAAGAGAAGUUCAUGAUGGAAAGAGAAAACCUUCUAAGAGAGCAGGAAGCAGUGUUGGAGCACAAGCUGAAGAUGCAAAAACAACUGCUUACUGAAGGAUUUGAAAGGAAAGCCAAUGAAUUAUAUAUGCAGAUACUUCAACUACAAAAGGAAAUAGAAAGAACUAAAAAUGAUAAGCUCCUUGAAAUUUUAAGGAUUCUUGCAGGAAUCAGCCUUACGUUGUUAGCGUUCUCACGGCCUAGACUUUUUUACCGUAUAUAG